AUUUUAUAUUCCAUAAUAUAUCAAUCAGUUAUUAUUUUACAAUUACAUUUGAAGUCAUUCCCAAAAAAUGAGAAAAUUUCAAUUCGCUAUCGCUGUGUUUAGCGGAUACAUUCUUCAGUUGCUUCUAAGCUUUGCAAACCGGCUCUACGCGCUCUACGUAAUAAUGAAUAUUGACCUCAUAAAAAGCGAUACAUUUUUAUCAUCAACAUCAUUUAUUGGAAAUAUAUUAGGUGUUACUUUAUUCUGUUUUUUAUCAGAAGUCAUCGGAAGAAAGAGAACGUUAAUUGGGAUAUUUCUAACUUUAAUUGUAUCCUUCCAAACUGGGCUUUUUAUUAAAUAUUAUAAAAAUUAUACUCUGUUAUGUGUAGUUGGAAUUACAAAGGGAAUGUCGUUUGGAGGAGCUUAUACUGUUUUACCAAUUUAUAUAAGUGAGAUCUCUGAAACAUUCUCAAGAGGAAUGUUCAUUUCCUUAUCACAGUCUAUAUUUAUAUUAGCAGAUGUUAUGAUAGGAAAUGUCAUACUAUAUGUAGAUACUGACCUUAUUUUGGACGUAAUUAACUACAUGUCGAUUUUAUUGAGCUUGUUAACAAUCAUAGCAUUCGGUUUUCUGGCUAACGAGAGUCCGUUGUACUUUAUUAGAAAAGGAAGAGAUAGAAGUGCACAAAUAGCUUCAACAGAUAUGAGGAGCAUUCAUGAUGAUACCCAAUUGAAACUCGAUGACUUACAAAAUACAACUGAGGACAGAAUUGACAAUCGGAGACAUAACGAGAAGAUUAUGACUUGUUUGAAAUCCAAAGCAUUCGUGAAAGGCGUGGUGAUCAUGAUUAGUCUAAUCAUAUUACAGGCUUUGUGUGGAGGACAUUUGUUAACAAUUUACGUAUCUGUUUUCCUCGAUGUAUCAUCAUCACUGAAAAUUUAUCUGAGUUGGUUGAUUGGUGGUGCAGUCUUUCUAUCUUCUUUAGUAUGUGCGUUUGCAGUAGACCGUCUCGGAAGAAAAAUAUGUCUCUUUAUAUCAUUCGCUGGAAUGGCAGUCAGUUUAGUAUAUUUUUUUGUAAUAAAAGCUUUGUUGUCAAAUAACGUAAUUAGUAAGAGUCCUUUCUUGUAUGUUUUUUUUCUUAUAUUAUUUAUGGGUUCAUAUAACUUCGGCGCUGGACCAAUACCAUCAAUAUUCAUUACUGAAAUAUUUUCGUUGAAAACUAAAAUGCUGAUGUCAGCUGUUAUUGCAUAUAUAUUUGCAGCGUUACAAAUUGCAAUGUAUAAAGGAGUUUUGCGGUACAUUUCGUUAGAUAUUUGCUUAUGUAUAAAUAUUAUUUCUUGUUUUAUUGCUCUUAUAGUUAAUCACUUUUUGUAUUUAGAAACCAGUAAAAAAACUUUCGAUGAAAUACAGUUAGCAUUAAAAAGAUUCUGAUUUGCUGAUUUGAUAACGAUUUGUUUUCCAUUAUUAUUAAGAUAUAUUUGGUGGUCUAUUUAAAACAUGAUGCAUUUCCAUAAGUCCAAGGGUACAUUGUGAGUUAAUCUUUAGAUCACCCGUAUAGCAAAGUUUUCAACAAAAGUAAAUUGAAUUUACUUUUGUUGAAAACUUUGCUCUUCUCUAUACUGUAUCCCAAAAACUUAGAAGACCCAUGGAAAAUACAUAUCACUACAAUUUAGGACUGCAUCAUAAUAGGGUCUAUAAACUGUUAAUUAUUUUUCAGUAUUUGGCCUAUUUUAGCCUGUGCAUUAGUUCAUAUAUAUAAUAAUAUAAUAACAAAGAAAUAAUUUCAAAUUCGAGGGUUCAUAGCGCCUAAAUGAAGCCACUACAAAUAUAUUUUGGACAAACUUAGUCAAUUUAUUUUGGUGUCGGUAAUAUGUGGUAGACGAUUAUUUUUCAUAUCUCAAAUGGUGUGAAUACCAUGAUAUGAAAUAUCUUCAUACAAAAGCAAAAAAAUAUUGUUUUAAUCUAUUUCCACACAUCAAAUUAAUGUGAUAUUUAUAGUACAGUUUGUUGCCUUAUUUAAGGGCGCUCAUGAUUUUUCAAAUAUUGACUUAUAUCAUACAGCAGUUAAUCGAAAGAAACAUUAUAGUUACUGACAGUUUAAAUAUGUGUGAAAUGUUAAAAUUUUUACAAAUAUAGAUUUUUUAUUGUAAAA